GGCAAUUAUUCAAUAUAAAACUUAAAGGUCCAACGGAUUUUCUCGUGUUAAGUGGCACGGAAAAACAGUUCUUAUCUUGCAAAUACAACAACUACCGUGCAUGAAAGAUAACCCAAUCAUUAUAUGUCGACAUACUUCAUAAUAGUAUGAAGUAUGUUGACACAAAAGGACCAUGCAACAGGACCAUGUAUAAACGGUGCAUAAUGCAACUAUUAACUCAGCGAAGCGGGACAUAACCAUUUUCAUGGGUGACUACAUCUUGCGACACAACACUGUUCAUAAACAUUUGUUACUUCCCCGACUGCGGACCUACUACGGACUGCUUGCUAAACUGAACUGAUUUGGCCAACAAAAAAUCCCCAGUGCUUCCAAUAGCAACAAAAUUAAACGUCUCUCGUAACGUAACGCCAUGGGCUGUGCCGCAGGACAACAUAGCCAAGACGAUGGCCACAGCGACGUUGAUAUGCAACAGCAAGAUGACAAAAAUCAUGGAAAGACUGGGAAAGAAAAGAUAUUUCUUGCUAACCCGCGUGGAUUUGGUGAUGCGGUAUACUUCGAUGCCAAGCUUAUGUAUUCGGAGGGCAGCUAUAUCUUGACGGAUGUUACUACAGGCGGCCUGGCCUACCAAGCGGGAUUGAGGGAUGGCGACCAGCUCAUCGGAAUUUACGCCAAGAACAUCGAGAAGUACAGCCUCCGAUACAUCCUGCAGUAUCUGCGAGAGGAAGUGGAGAAAAUACUCCUGCUUGAAUUUAAGCGCAGCCAUGGCGGGUGUACCAAGUACAUAUGGUCACGCUUCGAACUCACCUUUCAAGAGGGUGUCCCAGCAAUCAUUGAUGUCCAAAUAGUUGAAACUGACAAUGACGUGAUACCCGAUUCGAUGUUGAAAGAUGCCAUCUAUUGGGGCGGUGCUCCUAUACCAGGCUGCGAGAUCUACGUGGAAUCGAAGGACCAGACUCUUUACCUCGGCAUCGACAAAGGAAAGCUACAGUUUAUGACAUACGACAAAAACAAGUGUACGUUUUAUGGAUACAGAUAUAUCAGCAGCAUUCCACCCUCCCAGGGCAACAUAGUGGCAUACUCUCAAGAAAACUUCGAUCCCAGCAAGCCCUCGGAUAAAAACACGCCAGCGGCGACCGGGAAAAAAGACAAACCCCAGCUUGACUUAUUGGAUUUUCCCAGUUCCAUGGUAACGCAGACAAAAUUUCCAUCGAAUGACCGUCUCUGGUUUCAAACAUUGAGCACGGGAUCAGCACCAGCAUUUAAUUUAGAGAGUGCGACACAUAAAGGGUGGUACUUGAGCAGAGAUCCGAAAGACAACUCUGCGUAUUUGACGAAGAAGUCCACGGCGACGGACCUGCAGAUCAAGGCACUGCCGUACACCCUAAAAUGAAAUUGAUAUUGUAUUUUUUGAUCUGCGAAAAAGAUCUGACAAUUUGGACAAUUAAACACCGGAAAGUGAAUCAGCAAAUUAGACCUAUAUUUUGAGACGAUAGACCGGCCUUAAAUACUGUAAGGUCAAUGAAAUCAAUGUACUGAAUGUAAGUAUUGCUCUGUUAGCGUCUUGUAAUAAGAAGCUAUAAUGUGCACUCAGGCCUUAUGCAAAAAUAAUAAUGCCACUCUAAUGACGGCAAGUCCUUUUUAAUAUGAUUGAUGGUUGUUUUAGCUUGUCUGUAUUAAUAGUCUAGAAGAAGUGUAGCCUUCUAAUUACGGUACAUCAAAAUGAAUAACGCAAGUGUAACUAGGCAAGUAACCAGGUAACGGAGUUGUUGCUUACUGGCACGUUCGCGAUCGCAAGAGCGCAUCACCUCAAACCAAACAUAACUUGAUUAUUUUGAGCGAUUGCAGGCGCUUUUUUCCAGUUAUGUUUUCUGUACUAUGAUGGUCACCCAUUUUAUUCCGCACCGAAAAAUGAUGACCAAUGCCAGGGCCAUUUAUUCGACGUGAGAAUUUAAAGGGCGUUCAACUCGUUUAAAUCAUAGAAAGACAUUCUUGCCAAACCUGGUAAAUACAAAACAGAUUGGUUAACAUAACCAAUCAUAGGUUGAAAUAAGCAAUACUAACUAUUUAAUAAUUAUGUGUCCAACCAAUCGGUUGGUUAAACACAUAUUAAACAAUUGUUGGUUAUUUCAACCAAUGAUUGGUUAUGUUAACCAAUGAUUGGUUAUGUUAACCAAUUUGGUUUUUAGAGCGAUAAGCUAUUUUAAAUGAAGUUAUGUUUGCCUUGAAAUUCAAAUAUACACUAAGCCAACAAUAAUUCAUAUCCCAUAUAUAUGAAAAGUACACUAAACACUGAUAUUUCAUUUGAAUGUGGUUGUCAAGAGUCAAGACAUCAAUGUUUAAUUCUAGUACCCAUAAGAAACCGUUUUAAUAUUUCCCAUUAUACCCAGAGGUAGCUGCCAAUCAAUCAAAAUAUGCUUAAUUUUUGUUUAUAAGCAUAGAACAGCAUUAUUAGAAUUAUUUUAGUUAAACAUGCGUUUUGUCGUCGAAAGCUUGUAUUUGGAUUUUUACGGCAUAGACAAGCUCAGAUAUCAAAUCUAAUUUAAAUUUGGAAUAGCUUUGGCAAAGUACACAUUAAACGACAUCCACUUUGACAAAAUAUAAGUUCUUAGUCAAGUACGUGGUUUAUGAAUAUUCAAUGCUCUAUUAAAGAAACAUUUGAUAUUAAAAUCAAGCAGGUCCGAGUUUCUU